AUGUCAGACGUCUCAGUGAUAGACGUCGACGUGAGCCUGGGAUGGAACUGGGAGAUGUGGUGGACCUACGACGGAAUAUCAGGACCGGAAUUCUGGGGGGUGAUCAAUCCGGCCUGGUCCAUGUGCUCGGAGGGCAGGAGACAGUCGCCUAUCAACUUGGACCCCAGGACGCUCCUCCACGACCCCAAUCUGACACCUAUAACUGUUGAUAAGACGCAGGUACAGGGAGAGUUGGUCAACACAGGUCACAGCCUCGAGUGGCGGGUCAGGCGUUCAAGGGCGACCUCCUCCUCCUCGGUGAAGAUCUCCGGAGGUCCUCUCUCCUACAUCUACUCCGUCAGCCACCUCAGACUGCACUUCGGGGAGAGAGAUUUGCAGGGAUCGGAGCAUACACUGGCCAACUAUGCUUUUCCGGCCGAGUUACAGAUCUAUGGCUACAACUCACAGCUGUAUCGUAACUUCAGCCAAGCAGAGAGCCAAGUGUAUGGAGUGGUGGCUAUUGCUGUUCUUGUUCAGCUAGGAGACAGAACAUCGCCUGCACUUGCAGCUAUGUUGCAAGGUCUCCCAUCCGUCAGAUAUGGUGGACUGACAGCGCCUCCCCACGAACUGUACGUCAAGGAGCUGCUGCCAUCUACCGAGCAAUACCUGACCUACGAUGGCUCUCUCACGGUGCCGGGUUGCCAUGAGACGGUCACGUGGAUCUUGCCCAACAAGCCUCUUUACAUCGCUUUUAGCCAGAUGCGCAGCCUCAGGAAGCUAAAACAAGGCUCGUCAGAUUUUCGCCGGAAUGCGCCCGUUGCCAAUAAUUUUCGGCCGCUGCAGUCUGCUCAUCACAGGACCGUCCGUACUAAUAUCGAGUUCUCCGGCCAAUACCAGGGCCGGGGAUGUUCUAAAUCUGAACCGAUGUUCAGAUAUCAAGCAGUUUAUGAUACUGUGAGCGAGAGUUUGGCUGUAUUCUUAGGGACAAGUAGCUUUUGA